AUGUCAUUUUUUGAGUACAAAGAUAUAAUAGAGGAAGGAGACCUAGUAUUGGCGUUCCUUGGUCGAAGUAAUAUUAAGCCUAUCACCGUCACUAAGGGAUCACAGUUGAAUACCAGAUAUGGUAACUUCGAACAUGAUAGAAUGAUUGGGAUGAAAUAUGGUGAGCAAAUGCCUGGCGCCAAGGGAGUUGGGUUUAUCCACUUGUUGUAUCCUACCCCAGAACUCUGGACUGUUUCUUUACCGCAUAGAACACAAAUUGUGUAUACUCCAGAUUCGUCGUACAUCAUACAGAGAUUGAAUGUUACCAGUGGAACUAGAGUCAUUGAGGCCGGAACAGGGUCUGGAUCUUUCUCUCAUUCAUUUGCCAGAACAGUUGGAGUAGAGGGAAGACUAUUCACAUACGAGUUUCACGAGCCACGUUACAUAGAGGCUAAGAAAGAACUCGAAGACCAUGGAUUGUUAGCAAAUACAGUUAUCACGCAUAGAGACGUUUGCAACGACGGAUUUGAAAUCCUGAACAUACCGGAAGAUUUCAAAAAAGACAACGGAAUCUGCGGCGAUGUGGUAUUCCUUGAUUUGCCGUCUCCGUGGACCGCCAUUCCUAACUUGAAGAGUGUUAUUUCCCAGCAGAGCCGUGUGGGUAUCUGUUGCUUCUCUCCGUGCAUCGAACAAGUCGAGAAAACCGUCAAAGCGUUGGAAACCGAAGGGUGGAGCAAUAUCGAAAUGGUAGAAGUCGCCGGUAGGAGAUGGGAGGCUAGGAAGGAUAUGGUGAAGGAUGUCAAGGACGUAGUUAAGAGAUUGAAGGAUAUACAAUCGAGAAAAAACCAAGGCAUUGAACAUAGAAAACAUAGCAAAAUCCACAACGUGGGCGAUAAGAGAGAUAUCAAGGAAGUGGAAACAGCUGAUGACUCUUCUCCCGAACCAACCAAGUUUCAGAACUUGGGUAAAGGCUUUAAUCCAUUCGGAAAGGGUUUGCGAGUUAGAGAAGGUGAUGAACAGUUCCAAUGGAGAAAUGUUACUAAAAUUGAAUCCGAAAUCAAGAGCCAUACUUCAUAUUUGACCUUUGCCUACAUGAAUCCUAAUGUAAGAUUCAACACCUCUGUAUAA